AUCUCUCUCUCAAACUUUCUUGCGGAAAUUUAAACCAUGCAUAUGUGCACACCGAUUUCGGCAUCAUGUGUGGUAAUAAUCUGCUCGUGCUGGCCUUCACUUUCUUUCAAAGAACGCGGUUUGCAUUAGCACUCGAGUUGCUAACUAAAUAAGUAUACUGGUGUCCUAAAAUUGAUGAAGCGUUCUUGUCCAUACGGUAUGCCACGUCGGUAAGCGGUACAAACUCUGUGGCGCGCACCUGUUAGUGUCCAGCUGUCGUUAUCGACAAGAUGUCAGCCCAGAGGCUCGUCAGCAAGCUCGACGAACCUGCGUCUCCAACAACCACCUCGCGUGUCGAGCUCUGGUCGUUUUAUUUCUACUAUGUUGGGAACAAUGGUCUUUCGGGGUUUAACUUUGGACCGUCUCAAUUUCAGAACUUGCUCUUCCUGGCAGGCUACGAUCCAAGCCAGCCCCCAUUUUCCGCUCCUUGCAGUAGCAACACGGGUUGUGUACUGCCUUAUCUCGGAAAGAUCAGGGACAUCAAUUCAAUUGUGCUCUUGACCAACGGCAUUAGCUUUGCCAUCCAGGCGGUACUUCUGCUUCUGAUUGGGGCCUGGGCGGACUAUGGCACUUGGAGACCAAACAUAACCAUCAUAUUCACGUUUGCUGCGGUCACAGUGUCAUUUGCCUGGCUUGGAGUGGAAGAUCCGUCCAAAUGGCAGGCGGGCAUAGUUCUUUAUAUCCUGGGUUUGAUAACCUAUCAGGGUGCCCUCACAUUCUGGACAGCUGCAUUUCCUGGGCUUGCGCGUCACCUUCCGGAAGUUGAAAUGUCUGCUCAGCUUGUUGCAGAUGGAGAGAAAAGCUGGGACGAACACGCAGCACUUGUGUCUCUGUCUCGUAAUCGAGUCUCGAACAUCUCCUUAACCAUAUCUUCCCUUGGUGAAAUCCUGAUUCUCAUCGUUAUGGUGGGAAUCCUCGAAGGACUGAAGGCAGGUGAUAGCACUGCAAACAACACGAAAGCAUUCAGUGUCUUGAUUGCAUUCUCCGGUGCAGCGUGGUUACUUUGUGCCCUGCCAUGGUUCUUCCUCGAGAAACGACGCCCUGGACUAGCUCUUCCUCCAAACAGUUUGUUGCUCACGAUCGGGUUUAGACAAACGUAUAUUGCCCUGCGGGAAUGUAUGAGGCUAAAGCAGACGUUCCUGUACCUCAUAUUCUAUUUCCUCAUGGGAGACGUCUUGAACACUACAGUCACCGUCAUUGCAACGCUGCAAAAUAGCAUAAUGGCGUAUUCAACGUUGCAGCUAACACUCCUGUUGAUUGUUGGUAUCGUCACGCAAGCAAUUGGAAUCUACUCCUUCUGGUUGGUGCAGAAGAAAUUUAGGAUAUCCACAAAGGCGGUGCGACUCAUGUUCCAAAUUUUUGUCACCAUCUUACUCUUCCGAACGUUGCUAGAUGUUAAGUUUCAAUGUUAUUUGGAUUUUGGUAUAAGUUUUUUUAUUGCUCUUGGCGCCCUUCGAAUAAUGGGUUUGCAGGUCUUGACUUUUUGGGGCCUCGUCGGCGUGCACACCGAUAAAUUCGGAUUUAAGCAUGUAUGGGAAAUCUGGCUGUAUCAGGUUUUCUACGGGCUCAUGGUCUGCCCUUGGUACGCAUAUAGCCAAACAAUGAUUAGCGAAGUGUCUCCUAUUCCUCAAAUGUUCUUGUUUUUCGCACUUUUCUCCAUGGUUGGUAAGACCUCUUCCUUCAUCGGUCCGCUCGUGUCAUCUGCUAUCAUUACCGCAUCCGGCAACAACAAUAACAUGCCAUUCGCGUUUUUAUUCGGACUUGGAACUGUCAGUACCAUAUUCUUGUAUCUGGUAGAUGUCAAGAAGAGCCAGAUGGAGUGCGAGGAGUUUGUCAAGGCUGAGGCAGACCUUAGAGCAUUUCAAGGAUUUCAAGAAUGAAGUUCAUGCACUGACAGCACGUAACUGUCGUAAUUUUGGUUCCCCUCAGCUGCAAACCUGUUAAGCACAGCAUUGACAAGAGGGUCUUCAUUACCAUAUGCUUGCCCACCACCAAGGUGUAUCCAACGUCCACCCAAGCUCUCAUGCGAUCACCAUAACGAAUCGUGAGGGCGACAAGCCCAUAUCCAAGAAGCGCGAUCACUGUAGCUAUGCCAUUUGUUGCUGCCACGCCUAGCGUUUCAAUCGACGGAAGUACGGCUGCAGUCACUGGUGCAAGAAUUAUCGCACGGAAAGCACUGCACUAUCGGUUGGUAUGAAGCCCACUGCUGGCUUUG